GGUUGUCACUUUCGUAGGCAAAGGAGUUGGCGCAGGCGCGGCACUGACAGCUGCUCUCUACUUGCUCCGCAGAGUGUGUUUAAUAAUGGCCUGGAAAUCUGGAGGAGCCAGCCACGCAGAGCUUGUAAACAACCUCCGCAAGAAUGGGAUCAUCAAGUCAGACAAGGUGUAUGAGGUCAUGUUGGCCACAGACCGAGGCCAUUUCUCCAGAUGCAACCCCUACAUGGACUCCCCACAGUCAAUAGGUUAUCAAGCAACUAUCAGUGCUCCACACAUGCACGCCUAUGCCCUGGAGCUGCUGCACGAUCAGCUGUAUGAGGGGGCCAAAGCUCUGGACGUGGGCUCCGGGAGUGGAAUCCUAUCUGUGUGCUUUGCACGAAUGGUAGGUCCCAAAGGGAAGGUGAUAGGAAUUGAUCACAUCAAGGAACUUGUAGACGACUCUAUAAACAAUGUAAAGAAAGAUGACCCCAGCUUGAUAACGUCUGGUAGAAUUAAACUAAUAGUGGGAGACGGGAGAAUGGGCCAUCCAGAGGAGGCGCCUUACGAUGCCAUCCAUGUGGGCGCCGCAGCACCCAACGUGCCACAAGCACUCCUGGACCAGCUAAAGCCUGGUGGCAGGCUGAUUCUGCCUGUGGGGCCUGCCGGAGGGAACCAGAUGCUGGAGCAGUAUGACAAGCUGGAGGACGGCAGCACCAAGAUGAAGCCCCUGAUGGGGGUGAUUUACGUGCCUUUAACAGACAAAGAGAAGCAGUGGUCCAGGUGGAAGUGACUUCCUACUCCCUCUAUCCCCUCUCCUUCACACAGUGGGCAAAGGGAUGAACUUUGAGACGACUGACUGUCCGUAUUCCUCAUUUCAGUGAGAGCCAGGAGUCACCUUUUGGUUCCAACAACAGCAUUGGAUUUAUUUCAAACAUAACAAACCAUGGUGAUUUUUGUUUUCUUUAAUAACUCUACCUUGGUGUUAGAGUUUCAUGCUAAGGAAUAACCCCAAAGGUUGGGAAAAAGACUGUUAGAGAUUGAACCAAAAUAAAAUAGUAUUGGGGAUAGAAUCUUUUUUUUUCCUUCCAGGCCUGCAUUAUUUUCUGUUGUGAAUUUGACUUUUGAUUUGCUGCAGGAUUUGUUUUGUUUUUGUCAUGGUUACAUCUUGAGCAGUCAAACAUUUCCACAACAAUGCAUUUCAGCUCCAUCAAAGCUGAGUGAAUAGAUGCUGACAGACUGUUCUGAUAAGGAAAACCUGAGUUGAUGAGAUGAAUAUCGUCUUGCCACAGAUUGCAUCUGAAGAUCUGACUGUAAAUAAAUAUCCCGCUCUGUUAACAUUUAUCAGCUGCCCCCCCCCCACCCACACCUCCCGCUAUCAGUAUUUAAACCGGCGCACGCAGGCUGCAUAAAUGGCUACUCUAACCCACAUCCAGUUGUUACAUGCAGCACAUGACGACACUACAUGGCAUAGUAGAUAGGCCUAUUACACCUAGAUUUACUCAUGCAGUUGGAAACACAUGCAACUCAACACUUAGUGGAACGCCUAUAUAUCCACCUGUCCACGGUGGUGCUUCCCCAGUGAUGUAUCGUGUGCCGCCUCUGGUUUCUAUGACGACACUGCGUGUAGGCUUUACUGAUGACCGACUCUAAACAAAGUAGCCGGCGGUUUGCCAAAAUAAACCUCAGUGCAAAGCGAAUGAAUGUCUUUUGUUUUAAAAAAAAAAAAAAAACAUGGAAUUGAGAAGCACAUUUAUUUUGGAUGAUCCAUGGCUUUCACAAUUUCUGGAAUGGCAAAAAAGAAAAUAAAGCGAUGCUUAUGGUUUUGUC